GAACAGAGUUCUGCACUCCAAGAGCUGAGAGCCACUGUGGAGGAACAGAGUUCUGCACUCCAAGUGCUGAGAGCCACUGUGGAGGAACUGAAGAGAGAGAACAGAGAGAGACCGAAGGUUGCCUUCUCAGCUUCACUGUCUAAAACCAAGUACUGCAGUACUGACAUCACCCUGGUCUACAAGCACGUCUUCACCAACAUCGGCAACGCUUACAGUCCGGUGACCGGCAUCUUUACGGCGCCGGUGUGUGGAAUUUACUACUUCAGAUUCACUGCCUUUGGAUUCACCUCCAAAAAUAGAAGAGUGUCCCUGUACAAAGGAGGACAACUUAUGGUGACUGUGACUGACUGUCGCACACCACAUAAUGGAGAAAACAGUGGAUCCAAUGGUGUCACCCUGCAGCUGAAAGAAGAUGAAGAGGUCUACACACGUCUUAAAGCAGAACAUCAAGUCUAUGAUGACGAGGCUCACCACACCACCUUCACUGGUUUCCUGAUCUCCGCUUAGGAAGCAGAGUAACAAUUGUUAGCAAAAACUAACAUUUGAUUACAAAGUCAAAUUUCAGCUUUUUUAUUCAGUAAAAUUGUUAAUGAAUAGAUGUUAACAGUUCCAGUGAUUUUACAUUCUCUAAACUAAAAUAGAAAAACAUUGAAACUAGGUUUUGAUAACAAUGUGUAAAUCCUUUACAUCGUUUUUGAUUUGCUACUGAAAUACAUCGACUGUGGUGUUUUAUGCGAUGCUUUAGACAUUGAGUUGUAUGUUUGAUUUAAAAUAAAAUAAGAUUAAUAAGAUA